UAUAGAAAAGCUAGACAGAGCGGACCAGAUCAAGAUAGAGAAUAGAGAGCUGGACAGCACCGGUUGCUGGCUGCAGAACAGGUGGAUCUCUGCCACUCGGACCCCUUGAUCUUUCUCUCCUCCAGUGACAGUCAACAUGACGUUGUUCAACGGUGUACUGCCUUUCUACCCCCAAGUCCGUCACGCUGCCGGCUUCAACGUCCCCCUGUUGGUGGUCAUCAUAGUAUUCCUGGCUUUGGCAGCCAGUUUCCUACUCAUUCUUCCUGGAAUCCGCGGUCACUCGCGUUGGUUCUGGUGUAUUAGAAUCCUCCUCAGUCUGUUCAUUGGAACAGAGAUUGUAGCUGUGCACUUCAGCGGGGACUGGUUCGUGGGCCAAGUAAGAACCAACACUUCCUACAAGGCUUUCACCUCUGCUCAAGUCAGUGCAGAUAUCGGGCUACAGGUUGGAUUAGCAGGAGUCAACAUCACGCUCACAGGGACCCCAGUGCACCAGCUGAACGAGACUAUCGACUAUAACGAAAAGUUCAGCUGGAGGUUUGGAGAUAAUUAUGCCGAAGAGUACGAGGAGGCACUUCACAAGGGGCUCCCUAACCCGGUGCUGUACCUAGCAGAGAAAUUCACCCCGACCAGUCCCUGCGGCUUGCAUCACCAGUACCGGCUGGCUGGACACUAUGCUUCGGCUACACUCUGGGUGGCAUUUUGUUUCUGGCUGCUUUCCAACGUGUUGCUUUCCAUGCCCGCUCCACUUUACGGAGGAUUCUCGCUGCUGAUCGCGGGAGCCUUUACAUUCUUCUCGAUCUUCGCCUUCCUUACCAUCUCUACUGUGCCUCUAUGCCCGAUCCUGUUAGGCUCGGAGUUCCUCAGCCCCCACUAUGGGGCUGCCUUCUGGGUCACGGUGGCCACAGGUUUCUUAUGCCUGCUCCUAGGAGCGAUGGUGGUGUGUCUACACUACACACACCCCAGCGCCCUGCGCACUUUCCUGGACCUGAGUGAUGAUCAGGUUGUCCAAACGAAGAGCACGAUGCCCCAGAUCUACAGCAAUCCGCUUCACCUGCCCCAGGAAUGCAAACCGACGACCCCAGGCAUACAGCUCGCUGUUCGCUUGUAG